AUGGUAGCUGCGGUAGCAUCCUCGCAAGUAAGCGUGGACAACCAGGCUGGUGAGCAAAAUCACCGUGAAUCUAAGGCUCCAGCUGGUGUUGAUUCGUUUUUCCUCUCAAAAAUUCAGUCAUACGAGCUGACUAUCAAUGAAAAAGCACAGAAUCUUCGUCGCUUGGAAGCACAGCGCAACUCGCUGAAUGCCCGUGUGCGUAUGAUCCACGAGGAACUUCAGCUGUUACAGGAACCUGGAUCGUACGUGGGUGAGGUCGAGAAAGUCAUGGGAAAGAAAAAGGUGCUGGUGAAGAUCCAGCCAGAGGGCAAAUACGUCGUGGAUGUUGCGUCCGAUAUUGACGUCGCUCAACUGAAGCCAUCGCUCCGUGUCGCUCUUCGUUCUGACUCUUAUACAUUGCACAAAAUUCUUCCAAAUAAGAUUGACCCACUCGUCUCGCUCAUGAUGGUCGAAAAGGUGCCGGACAGUACAUACGAAAUGGUCGGUGGUCUUGACCGUCAAAUUAAAGAAAUCAAGGAGGUCAUUGAACUUCCUGUCAAGCAUCCAGAGCUGUUCGAGAGCUUGGGUAUUGCACAGCCGAAAGGUGUGCUCCUGUACGGUCCACCUGGAACGGGUAAAACGCUUCUCGCACGCGCUGUGGCGCAUCAUACUGAUUGCAAAUUUAUUCGCGUGAGCGGCAGUGAGCUUGUGCAGAAGUACAUCGGUGAAGGUAGCCGCAUGGUGCGUGAGCUCUUCGUUAUGGCCCGUGAGCAUGCGCCUUCUAUUAUUUUUAUGGACGAAAUCGACAGCAUCGGUUCUAGCCGUGGUGACGAUGGCGGCAAUGGUGACUCAGAAGUACAGCGCACCAUGCUUGAGCUAUUAAAUCAGCUUGACGGAUUCGAAGACACGCAAAAUAUCAAGGUCAUCAUGGCCACGAACCGAAUCGACAUCCUCGACAGCGCAUUGCUGCGCCCCGGACGCAUCGACCGUAAGAUUGAGUUUCCGCCGCCAGGUCCAGAGGCACGCGUUUCCAUUCUGCGUAUUCAUUCGCGCAAGAUGUCGCUGCAACGUGGUAUCAAUCUGCGUGUGCUAGCUGAAAAGAUGGGUCAAUGCUCCGGUGCCGAAGUCCGCGGUAUCUGCACCGAAGCUGGUAUGUAUGCUCUUCGUGAACGCCGUCAGCAUGUCUCGCAAGAAGACUUUGAAUUAGCUAUUUCCAAGGUGCUCAAGCGGCAGACGGAUGGUUCCAUGAGUGUGAACAAGCUCUUCACAUAG